UUAAUAUAGAAUUAUAUAAAAUUUUAGGAUAGGGGAGAAGAAAAUGCGAGCAAGCAUGAUGUCUUCUUCACCACUGCCCUUCCACCUGUCCUCAUCCACCAUCGCACAAUCCCACCCCCACAAAUACCCCGCCUCCUUAAUCCCCGCCGCCGCGUCGCCGCCGCAGCGCAGCCAACAGCAGCCAUGCUCCACAUCGGACCCAACCCCACCUCUCAAGCCCAAAACCAUCCGGUUCCGUCUCAGCCAGCUCUGCCAGCAAGGCCAUCUCAGCGUCGCCCGCCAACUGUUCGACGCAAUUCCCCAACCAACCACCGUGCUCUGGAACACUCUCAUCAUCGGCUACGUCUGCAACAACAUGCCCCACGAAGCUAUCUCAAUGUACUCGCGCUUCUUCUAUGCUGUUAAUAACUCCUUUGUUGAUCGAAAACGCGAUGCUUACACGUAUUCCUCUGUCUUGAAAGCUUGCGCGGAGGCGAAGCAGCUUUCGAUCGGCAAAGCCGUGCACUGCCAUAUCCUGCGUUGUGAUGCGUAUCCGAGUAGGAUAGUUCACAAUUCUUUGUUGAAUAUGUACGCGUCUUGCUUGUUGAGCAGCUCGGGGUUUGAUUUGGUGGAGAGGGUGUUUAGGGCUAUGCGUAGGCGAAAUGUGGUUUCGUGGAAUACUAUGAUUGCUUGGUAUGUGAAGAAGGGUAGGUUUGUGGAGGCAGUUAGUUGUUUGGUGAUGAUGAUGAGAGUGGGAAUCAGGCCAAGUGUGGUUAGUUUCAUCAAUGUUUUUCCGGCUGUUUCUGGUUUAGGGGAUAUUGAUGUUGCUGAUACCGUUUAUGGGAUGGUGACGAGAUUGGGUGGCGAAUAUGUUGAUGAUUUGUUCGUUGUGAGCUCAGCUAUUACUAUGUAUGCCGAGCUUGGCUGCAUUGAUUUUGCUAGGAAGAUAUUUGACAACUGCUUGAUCAAGAACGCACACGUUUGGAACACUAUGAUUGGUGGCUACGUGCUGAAUAAUCUCCCUGUUGUCGCGCUAGAACUGUUUGUUAGUGCAUUGGAAUCACAUGAUGGUGGUAAUGUACUAGAUGAUGUGACUUUUCUUUCAGCGCUGACUGCAGCUUCGGAGUUGCAGCAGUUGGAUGUUUCCCAGCAGCUGCAUUCGUAUCUGAUCAGGAAGUCGUUGGAUUCUUCUGUUAUCCUGCUUAAUGCGGUUGUGGCUUUGUAUGCGAAGUGCAACUGUGUUGGUGAUUCAUUUAAAGUGUUCAGUGAGAUGCGGGAAAGAGAUGUGGUGUCGUGGAACACUAUCAUCUGUGCCCUCGUGCAGAAUGGCUUGGAUGAUGAAGGGUUGAUGCUCGUGUACGAGAUGCAGAAGCUAGGGUUUGCGAUUGAUGAUGUGACGAUCACUGCAAUACUCUCUGCAGCGUCUAAUCUUGGAAACGGGGACAUUGGUAAACAGACUCAUGCUUAUCUGAUCAGGCAUGGGAUUCAGUUCAAUGGGAUGGAGAGUUAUCUCAUUGAUAUGUAUGCAAAAUCAGGUUUGAUAGAAGCUGCCAAAACCGUAUUUGGUUGGUAUUGCAAACCUAGCAGUGAUCCGGCCGUGUGGAAUGCUAUGAUCUCUGCAAGCACCCAAAAUGGCUUGAUUGAGGAAUCUCAGAACAUCUUUAGGCAGAUGCUGGUGGAGAAUGUAAUGCCGAAUGGUGUGACAUUGGCAUCAGUUCUUCCGGCUUGCAGCCAGUCGGGUAGUAUGGCUCUUGGGACGCAACUCCAUGCUUUUGCCAUUCGCCAUUUAUUGGAUGGAAACGUCUUCGUGAGCUCUGCUCUGGUGGACAUGUACUCAAAAACAGGGGCACUUGUCUACGCUGAGAGGGUUUUCUCGAAACUGGCUGAGAAAAACUCGGUCACCUGCACGAAUAUGAUACUGGGAUACGGUCAGCACGGAAUGGGUGAGAAAGCCAUCGAGCUAUUCCACUCCAUGAAGGAACGUGGCAUCAACCCGGAUGCCAUCACCAUUGUGGCAGUGUUGUCUGCUUGCAGUUACACCGGUCUGAUCAAUGAAGGGCUCGAGAUAUUUGAGUCCAUGGAGGGUGAGCACGGGAUAAAGCCCUCGAUGGAGCAUUAUGCUUGCGUUGUGGAUAUGUUAGGGAGAGUCGGGAGGGUGGUUGAGGCGUAUGAGUUUGCUCGGAGAUUGGGGAAAGAAGGCAAUGCAUUGGGAAUUUGGGGAUCACUCCUCUCUGCCUGCAGAGUUCAUCAAGAGUUUGAGCUGGGAAAAGCUGUUGCUGAUAAGUUGCUCGAAUUGGAAGGGCCCGGUAGGGCUACUGGCUACCGCGUGCUCCUCUCUAAUAUGCACGCGGAGGAGGGCGACUGGGAGAGUGUGAGGACGACGAGGAGAGAAAUGGUGGAGAGAGGUGUGGUGAAAGAGGUGGGCUGCAGCUGGAUUUAUGUCUCUGGGUAUACAAAUUGCUUUGUGUCCAGAGACAGAAAGCAUUCAAGGUGUGAUGAGAUAUAUCAAGUGUUGAGGCAUUUGUCUUCCAAUUUGAAGGAUUCUGCUUUGGCACCACCAUUUGUAUCUAUUGAAUUGUAGAGCUCAUGGCUGUAGAAACUCAGCUUCAAUGGGCCGCCUUUCUUGUGGAGACGAGACGAGGAGGAGGAGGCGCCUCCUCCAUCGCCUCACGGUCUAUCCUUCCUAGGUGGCCGAACUAGUCCCGAACGAGUAGCAACUGAGCUAGAUGCCCUACGGCCAGGGCCAUCGACGUGGUUGAUAGGAACAUCGAGAGAUUUGUUUUGUAACGUAGCUCGAUUUAGAAGGUGUUGGACCUUUAGUCAUGAGAUCGUCUCCACCCACCUAGGCCACCCAAAGCAGAGACGGAGCUGAGUCCCUGGCAUGUCCCGGAAACCCUUCCGUCCGAACAAAUUUAGGUUGUGUUUGGUAGUCUCCCCCAUUUUUUCAAAUACGUAAAUAUAUUCUCGUUCGUCCGAACUUAUUCUUAAAUACAUGACUGUAAUUUUGUUUA